AUGCCGGGAAUACAAACUUUUACAUCUACCUCCUAUCUGGCCUUGCCGCCAACGACAGCGGCAUUCUGGCAAUAUGUCUCGUCGUCCAUGAUAACUCAUUCUCUCCAGACUGUUCUUUCAGCAUCGAGCAAUCCGACAAAGAGAUACACAAUAUCCUCUAUCAUAACAUCUUUCGCCCAGUUUCAACAUGUAAUUGGGUCCAUUAUGUCCAGCUCUGACGACGCCGGAGCCGAGUAUUUCGAGUGGUUCUUGGUGAACCAGUUAAACUUGACACCAGAAAAGAUCAACGAUAGGUGGACAUCUGUGAGGGAAGCAAUGAAGGAAUCCCUCAGCGCAUUAGUAGAAGCUAGUCUAAAAUCAAGCCGACGGAAGAAUGCGAUGCUUCACCCGGCGGUUCUGGAGGCUAAGGAAAUUCUUCACGAGAUGCAAAUCGACGAUCGGGACACUGGUGUCACCGUUAAAACAGGAAGCCAUUCACCAAAACCUUUGGCAAGACGGCUGGGAAAACAAGGGUUCUUGGACGUUGAGGAAUACACUCUUCGCAGCGAGUUUAUGGCUUUCCGACGUGAUACUCCUGGUCCAAAUGGCCGCUCCACAGCACAGACACCUCGACCUGUCUGCCCCUCCUCAAUACUCUCACUAAGGGUUUAUCACGACGGGUUGCUAUCUGUGGAUUCGAGGCAUGCCUUCCAACCUGGACCACCCAAGACUCCUGUUUCAAAACUUCAACGCGAUUCUAUCCAGAAUCAACUGCGUAACAAACGAUUCCCCUCCAACAUAGAAUCGCGCGGUUCCUCGGUCUCUUUCCUCGAGAGGCAGUUCGCUGAAGCCAUGCACAUCAUGCCAAUUAGGUAUCGUGACCCUGUUGAACACGACCUGGAACUCUCCCGUCUUCUUGACUCCUACGACCCCGAUUACGAUGGUAGAUUCUACGACGAGAAAUCCGACGCUAUCAGUGUAUCAGUUUCCCCUAAAUCUCGGGCAGGAAGCGUUGUGAGCAUUCAAUACCCACCCGCGUCUCCGGCAGAAUUCCCAAGCAAAGAAUCUACAGUUGUACGGGAGCACAUCCUCUACAGCCGGCCGGUGAGCGGUGCCGGAAGUGAUGUUAGCGAAGUCAGCACUAUCGGCAAAGUCACCCGUAAAAAUAGCCAGUUCACCUGGAAGGGUGACUGGGAAACAGAGGACGAAGACGAGUUCUACCGUGAGGCCCUUAAAUACAGCCCUGGAAGAUAA